AUGGCUUUAAGAAGAUCGCGAUCGGGGCGCCUCCUGAUGCUGGCAGUGACUGCACUGCUAAUUGUGCUGGCGCUCGGAGCCGCUUCCGCGGAGGAGCAUGGCAAGGUCUCUGUUGAGAUUACCGAGUCCGAGCAGGACACCACAGGAGUGACGGUGCCCGAAUUUGUCGCCACUAACGAGUGGCAGACACUUCUACCUAGUCAAGCGCAUGGUAUGUUUGCAAUGCAGGGACUACACGUGCGCUUGAACCUAGAGACUGGCAAACGCGAGGCGAAGCUGGUGGACCCUGACGAUGCUGAAACAGAGGAUAUCAUGCGCUCGGUGGUUGUAGACCCAAACGCGAAGGAGACUACCGUGACUGUGUCUACGGACAUCUCCGGAGACAUCGUGACUGAAGAUAGUAACGACGACACUCUCACUGUAUCCGAGGAGGAGAUCAGUGAGGCUAUUGGCAAGGAAACUACUGAAGACAUCAAGUUGAUUGUGAGUGAAGAAGACGAAGCUCCACCUGCGGAGCCGAAUUGGAAUCACGAGAAAAUCUACGACGCUCUCCAGGCACUACCUGAGCCGCCAAAGGUUGAGGGCAUGGAUAUUCACGAAGCGCAUGAGAAACUAUCUCCUGUUGAGUUCCGAAAGCAGAUUGUUACUCUCUGGAAGAAGCGUCAAGCCGAGCUGAAAGAAGCUUUGGAGUCACUUCAGGAUGAUGCCAAGUAUCUGGGCAAGCUAUUGGGGCAAUUCAAAGAGGCUGAACAGAAAGGUGAUACGGAAGGCCAGCUGUCUGUGCUUGAAGUGUUGGAGUGGGAAGUGCAGGAUCUCGACAAGACCCAUGUAUUUAACUUCAUUGGUGGGUUUGGCAUUAUUGCCGAGUAUCUGAACUCGACCAACUUGCCUGUCCGUGCAAGUGCCGCGUGGGUGGUUGGAUCGGCGGCAAAGAACUACAAAGAUGGCCAGGAGUGGGCAAUUGAUGCAGGUGUUAUUCCGAAGCUGGUUGACUCGUUGAAACUGGAGAUUUCGAGCAGCAAAGAAGCAGCGAAAGAUAUUCUGGAAGUGAAGAAGAAAGCUAUCUAUGCGCUAUCCUCCAUUGUCCGGUCCAACGAGCGUGGACAACGUCUGUUUUCGCUUCAUAACGGACCGGAGCUUCUGGCAGGCCUGUUCGAUGAUGCUCAUCCUGAUAAACUUCAGCUGAAGACACUUCUGUUCGUGUACGAUCUGUUGGCUGAAGCAGCGGAGCUGAAGCUGCGUGAUGGUGGAGUGCCAGUCGCUUUGGUUGAGCUUGAAAGAGUAUUUCAAUCGACGGAGUGGUGUCAGCGUUUCUCCAUGCUUUUCGUUAAAAUGGCGCACCAACUUGCUCAUCGCGAAGUGAUUGAGCUCGUGGACGCCAUGCGGCAUCAGCUUCCUACAUGCCAACAAGUCCAUCAGACGUCGGGUGUCAAGGCCGUGGUGGAGACACUUAAGAAGAGUUUUGCUGACGAUGGAGAGCUAGAUGCCGAGGAGAAGAAGGAGUUGGCGCUGUUCUUUGAGGAUUUUUUAGGCCGCGUGUGAGUAGAUCUACCACCAGGAUACCUAUCAGACAGGGGUGGGAAAAAAUAAUAUCAAUCCCGUAAUUACUGUAUUAUCCGGCUACAAUUAUUAUUAUUGGAUCUGUCCAAAGUCAAUAUAAUAUGAUAUU